CCGACCAUCAAACCCACCAUCCUAGCAACGGAAUUCCGGCCACAGGAGCAAAUCAAAAACAGCGCCCGCCGAACGAAGAGAAGAGCGACAUAGGUGUACUGAUUGUUUCGCACCUUCCAACCACACUCUCAUCGCAACUAGCCAGCUGCCCGCAAUAAGCGGUACAUUCUAAAAUGGUCGCCAGCGAACCCGAGGAAGACGUUGCGAAGCAUCCGCCAGCGAUGGAAAGCAAUGAAGCAACAACCCCCAGCAAGGCUUCCUACCGGCAGGAAGUGUGGACGGCCAUGCGAAUACGCCUCUUCCCGCAGGGUCUUCCCUCGAACAACUUCAUCAACAGAAAGAUACCGUUCUUCCCGGAAGCGGAACAAACCGCCGAACGGUUGGCCGAAACACCCGAGUUUAAGGAAGCCAAGAACGUUAAGGUUAACAUCGACAUGGCACAGGAGACGGUGAAGCUGAUCGCGCUCAAGACGAACAAAACGCUGUUUGUGGCACCGUCGCAAAAAUCCGACUACCUGUACGCGAAGAUCAAGAUGCCGAAGGGCGGCGGCGGAGAGGAGGAGGAGGUGUCGCUGGUGCAACAGAAACGUAUCGUUAAGAUGCUGGGCGGCGAGGACACAUACGAGGAGCUCGGUAUCGAUCAAAUGGAACCACUCGACAUGGUUGUGGUGGGUUGUGUGGCCGUUUCGCAAACUGGCCAGCGCAUUGGCAAAGGCAACGGUUACGUCGAUCUCGAGAUUGCGAUCCUGAUGAGCCUCGGUGCGAUCACAGCGAAGACGGUGAUCGCGACGACGGUGGCCGACGAGCAGCUGUAUGACACGCUACCGAAUGAGCUGUUCCAGCCGUACGAUUUCACCGUCGAUCUGAUCGUCACGCCGACGCGAGUGGUGCGGGUCCCGCCGCGAAAGGAACCGCGCGCCAUCGGUGUCCAGUGGAACCUGCUUUCGUCCCGCCGGCUGGAAGUCGUACGGGUGCUGAAACGGAUGAAGGAACGCCUGGAGGCGGAGGGUCAGGUGAUCGUGCUGAAGGAGGAGGACACGGAUGUGGAGAGCUUCCGGAAGACGCGCACGCAUGGGGGCGCGACCGGUGGUCAUUCGGAGCGGCGCAGGACGAACAAUCGUCGCCGGCGGUACACCCGCAACGGCCACGCCGACUCGAAGGAGGGCGACGAGGCGGGCGAGGGCGAGGCUGGUGGCGAGCGGGGCUCGGGCAGGAUGCGCCGGAAGCGGUUCAAUACGCGCCGAAACCGCAACACCGGCCACGAAGGCGGGCCAGAGUACGAGCAGAAGGACGGUGAGAAUGGUGGAAGUAGCGAGCCGCGCCCGCAGGACGCACCGAAACAGGGUGGGCGGAUGCGAACGGGAGGUAAGGCACGGUCGGGUGGUGGCCCCGGUGGUGGUCCACCGGAAGCUCGCCCCAAUCGCCAGCCAAAGCCGCACCUGCAGGCGGGCGUUCGAAUCCGCGUAUCGAACAUGUUCUCGGUGCGCUUCAAGGACUUCAAGGACGAGCUGCGCGCCCGGGACUGCUACCCGGCGAAGAUCAACAAGGGCCGGUACGGGAAAUGUAUGCUCAUCUUUUCGAAGCAGGACGACGCCGAAGAGCAAACGCUGGCGGACGAGCUGCUGCAGAAGCUGGCCCACAUGCGCAUCGCGGUACCACAGAAGGGCGGUGCCGAACCGAAGCAGGUCGAGCUGAAGUGUGAGCUGCUCCAACGGCGCCGUCACGACGGUGGCUACUCCGCCCGGAUGGAAAAGGAAUCUCCACUGUACGGGGCAAAGGAGCUGGUGGCAAGCGCGGAGGAGCGGUCCGCAAAAGCGGUGGCAGCCGCGGUUGAAGCGGUGUCCCUGACGGGCCAAUUCCUGCAGCUGCCCAACUGCCUGCAGGAUGUCGCCGAGGUGGCUGACCGGAUCGCGGACACGGCCUCGGAAGCCGCCCGCUUUUCGCUGGAGGUCGCCCUGAUCAUCCACAAUGCGGCAGCCAGAAUGGCGGCCAAGUUCGAGCUCCCCACCACCGCCAUCGCCACCGCCGAUAAGCAACCGCCCGCGGAUGAACCAGCGACACCGCGGGACGCGAAGCGGGCGUUGUUGCGGGGUGCCGUGCAGGCGGCCACAGACGCGGCCAAGGCGACAACGAGCGCGGCGGAGGAGACGGUCAGUUUGACGUUGGAUGUGGCCAAGGUACCGAAGGAGGAGGCGGCGGCGGUGGCCACCAAGGUGGCGGAAGCCGCCAAUGUGACCACCAAGGCGGCAGGUGCGGCCGUUUCCGCGCUAAAGACGAUGUUGAAGGUGGUGGCGGAGGUCGCGGAAGUGCUGCUACCGGGUGGGGAGACACAGGAGGACGACAAGCUGGACAUCAAUAGGGUAAAAGAGUAGGUGUCCUUUUUUUUCCCCUACACGGCGGCGACGGCGGCGGCAGCAAUCAUGCGACAUAACCCCAAAAAAACGUUCGGUUAAUAAGAUAAUGUUACCCUCGUUGCUGUUGUCUUAACCACACGCCUACAGGCGACGGAACUCAAUCGGCAGCCAUUUUGCUAUCAACCAUCUUUUUUUUCAUUAACUUUUCUACGAGCUUAUUCUGCUCCUUACUCAUUCACGAGAUUCAAAUUAUACACGAGAAAGCUAUAGGGCGAGCAAGCGAGAGACAAGUAUGUGUAUGUUUUUUUUUUACUUUUCGUUUCAAGUUCGCGAGUUUUAGAAGCCUCUUCCAGUGCUUCGUUUAUUUCUUUAAAUUUUUUUGACUUUUCUCUUUCUUUUCAAUCAUAAAAGAACCGGCAUGAUACGGAAAUAUGUAAGAAAAGUCUCAAUCUAAUAUAACACACAUACACAGCUACGACGACGCGUGUGCGAGAGCUCGCUCGAAGCCCUCCCCCCCAAUGGAUAGGAAUUGAUUAAAGGAAGGAAACUCAAUGCACACUGGUUUCUUUGCAGGCGUUAGAGGUUUCUGGCAGGUUUUUUUCUUCUUUCUUACAAAACGUAAACAACGUUAACGACAAAACAAAAAAACAGAGGGAACGAGAACCCUAUUUCAAUUGCAAAAGAAUAGAAACUAGAGCACACAGAGCUAAAAGGAGUGUAUUUGCAGCGUGGAAAAGGAACUUAUUUAUGCGAAAAGAAUUAUAUUGUUUUGAAGUAUACUUCGUGAAAUGGAAAUACAAACCACAACACUCCCACGUGCACGCUCGGAUGCGCGUGGCUCGAUA